AUGGCACCAGUCAGUCAAGCCGACCAUCACGAUGUCGUCGAGAGACAACUCAAAAAUGUCAUUCAAGACCUCUACCAGCUCAUGAUCCAAGUAAACGCCUACGACCUCGCUGGCCGCCCAACUCGAGAUGUCCUGGAGAGCAGCGUCACAGAACUAGACCGCACCCUCGAAAAGAUUCACAACACAUCCAACCACCCAACCACACAACUACCCUCCAUCCCACCAGAGCUACUUCAGUACGUCGACAACGGGCGCAAUCCCGACAUCUACACGCGAGAAUUUGUGGAGUUGGCGCGGAAGGGGAAUCAGUUGAUGAAGGGGAAGCUGGAGGCGUUUGGCAGCUUUCGGGAUGUGCUGGCUGAGGUGAUGGUUGCUGGGUUGCCGGAGCUGAGGAAAGAUGUUGUGGACGUGGUUGUUAAGACUGGGGGACAUGAGGGUGUUGUGGGGAAAGAGGAAAAGGCGUCUUGA